UUCCCCUUCUUGGGAUUAUUUUCACAAGUCGCAACCAACUCUCUCCUUUUUCUCGCCUGUCUUCUCUCCCUUUCAAGUAAAUUACCCUUUAUAUAAGUUUAGCUCAUGAAACCCCACCAGCUGAUUAUUGCUUUGCAUCAGUACUUGGUUGAAACCUGACAGAGCUUCAAACUGCCUUAGAAUUUCUUUAUUACUGAUCAUUUUUUUUUCCCAUGGCUGAUAAUGAUGUUGAUUGCCACGCAAAACCCUUGAAGCUCUUUGGCUUCAACAUAGUGGAAAACACCGUCAAUGAUUCGAUCAAAUCUCCGACGGGAUCACCGGAACUCGACGCCGAUGCCCGUAAAUACGAGUGUCAAUAUUGUUGCAGGGAAUUUGCUAACUCUCAAGCCUUAGGGGGUCACCAAAAUGCUCACAAGAAGGAAAGGCAGCUACUAAAACGUGCACAAUUGCAGGCUAGUCGAAGUUUCUCAUCUCAACACCUGCACAGCUCCAUGAUAUCGGCUUUUGCACCUCCGCCACACCUCCUUGCCCAGGCCGUUGUUCCAGCAUCUGCAUCGCCGCAGUAUCAUUCUUCAUUUUACAUGUCACAUGGAGGAGGAGGAGGAGCCCCGCAGCGGCCCGUUGCACAUGUUGCAUGGUGGCACGUACCUUGUGGGCCGGCUGCUGGGUUUGGACGGCGUGUAUAUACAGAAGAAGGGAGCACCAUGGCGGCGGCGAUGUCCGGUGAUGUCCGAGCUCAUGCCGGAGUUUUACCGGCGGUGAUGCGGUUCACCGGAGAAGAUGGUGGGCCUAAGAUUGAUCAGGGAUUAGGUUUGGAUUUGCAUCUGAGUCUUGGGCCGGCUGUGCCAUGAUUAAAUAUAUAUACAAUACAAGGGGCUUGAUCAAACUUCAAAUUUAUAAAAUUGGAGUGCUUUGGACAUGUAAAGUUUUUUGGUAUUCUAAUUUUUGAUGAUAAUCAUCUCUGUGAACUUUAUUUCUUGA